AAUGCUACGAAUUCUCUUGAAGAGCGUCUCAAAGCCAUGGCCGAACUAUCACGCCAGCGCUUCGAGAUUGAACGGGUGCAAAUCAAGAUAGCCGAGUCAAUUGCUGACGAGGUUCUUGUCUUUGCGCAGAAAGAGCUCGAUGACGACGACCACACCAUACGUACGUUGUCCAGAUAG